CUGUAAGGAAAGAGAAAAAAGGAAAGAGGAGAGAAGAAAGAAAAGGAAAAGACCCAAACUUUGAGAAACACCUUCAUUCUCUUCCUUCCUUCAUCAAAGCUUAACCUUUUUUAAUUUUUAUCCUCGUUUUUUCAAUUCGCGUGAAGAGACAGAGAGAGAGAAAGAUAAAGCUAGAAGAGAAUCGACAUUACGAAUCUUUUGUUCCAGAUCGUGAGAGAGGAGGAGUUGGAAGAAUGAAGAUGACUAUUGGGUCUUUGUUCCAACCCUAAUUUUGCAGAUUAAUUUCGUUUUUGUUGAUUUCUGUUUUGGGUUUGCGUUGCUGAUUCCGGUGGAUUAAAGGGUUCUUUUUGGAGAGCACAAAUUUGUUGGGUUUUUUUUUGGGGAAAGAGAAUUAAAAUUUUCUCCUUUAGAGUCGGCGUUUGGGUUGAGAGAGAUUAUUAUAGUUUUUAGGGUUUUGGAUUUCUGAAUUGGUGAUUAUCGAUGGAGCCUCGUGUGGGAAACAAAUAUCGUCUCGGCCGGAAAAUUGGAAGCGGUUCAUUUGGAGAGAUCUAUCUUGGUACUCAUAUUCAAACGAAUGAAGAAGUUGCAAUCAAGCUUGAAAAUGUGAAGACGAAACAUCCUCAGCUGCUCUAUGAAUCCAAGUUAUACAGAAUUCUACAGGGAGGAACUGGUGUUCCAAAUAUCAAGUGGUUUGGUGUUGAAGGUGACUACAAUACUCUGGUGAUGGAUUUACUUGGGCCUAGUCUUGAAGACUUGUUCAAUUUCUGUAGCAGGAAACUUUCCUUGAAGUCUGUCCUCAUGCUCGCAGAUCAAAUGAUCAACCGUGUUGAGUAUUUCCAUUCGAAAUCUUUCCUUCACCGAGAUCUUAAGCCAGACAAUUUUCUUAUGGGUUUAGGAAGGCGCGCAAACCAGGUACACAUCAUCGACUUUGGUCUUGCAAAGAAAUACCGGGAUAAUACUACCCACCAGCACAUUCCCUACAGAGAAAAUAAGAAUCUGACUGGAACUGCAAGAUAUGCUAGUAUGAACACUCACUUGGGAAUUGAGCAAAGCCGAAGGGAUGACCUAGAAUCUCUUGGUUACAUUCUCAUGUAUUUCCUUAAAGGAAGUCUUCCAUGGCAAGGACUUAAAGCUGGAACCAAGAAACAAAAGUAUGAGAGAAUCAGUGAAAAGAAAGUCUCUACAUCAAUUGAGUCCUUGUGCCGUGGUUACCCAUCCGAAUUCGCAUCGUACUUCCACUACUGCCGAUCGCUUCGGUUUGAUGAUAAACCAGAUUACGGUUACCUCAAAAGAAUAUUCCGGGACCUCUUUAUCCGCGAAGGGUUUCAAUUCGAUUAUGUCUUUGACUGGACCAUAUUGAAAUAUCAACAGUCACAGCUAACCGCUCCUCCAUCCCGUGGCCUAGUAAGUCCUGCGGUUGGAACCAGUGCGGGUUUGCCUCCCGGACUAACCAGCAUCGAUAGAUACGGAGGCGAGGAAGAAGGAGGAAGACCACCAAUGGAUUCGUCACGAAGGAGAAUGUCAGGAGCUCUUGAAAACUCUGGCAACUUGUCAUCUAGAGGCCCAAUGAUGCCAAGCUCGUCACUGUUUGCACAAUCAGCAGGAUCAUCGAGGAGAGUAACGUCAGAGGAGCUACAGAGAUGCCGAACCGGCGCCGGUUUAAGAAACUCUCCGGUAGUUACAACGCCGGAAGGGAAGAGAUCUUCUUCCACCAGAAAACAUUACGAUUCUGCUAUCAAAGGCAUUGAGACUCUCCAAGUCUCCGACGAAAGGUUUCACCACCACUGAUACAUCAUCCAUCCAUCGCUUAGCAAAGUUGUCGUAUUUGUUCAGAGCUUUUUAUUUGCUUUCGACUCUAUAUUGGAGAAACGAGAAAAUUUGCUGAUUUUUUUUUGUUUGCUUUGGUUUUUUCUAAUUUUUAUUCAUCUGGUUCUUUUACUGCGGAGGGAAAUUAAAUUCAGUGUUUGGAAUUGGAACAUCGUAUAUAUAGUUUUUUAGUAAUACUGAAAAUGUCUUCUUCAGUAGAAAUUGUUCAUGUUAUUUUCGUUCACUGC